AUGCUAGAGAGAGCUCUUCGGAUCAAACCAGCUCUAGAUAGCUAUUAUAAGCUAUUCUGGGGUAAAAUGCGUAUAAGAUCAGAUGAAUGGCGUCAAAUCACCUAUCUUUUGCAUAUUACAAAGCCUUUCUUUAUGUUUACCACCGCAUUAUGUAAGACAAAGGAUAUCACUAUAUAUAGUGUUUUCAACGUCUAUAAUGCCUUGUUCCAGCAUAUCGAGUCUUCUAUCACUAAGCUUCAGCAAAAGAAGCUUCUAUGGAAACAAGACAUGCUUGAAGCUCUACAAGUAGCUGAAUCUAAGCUUCGAGAGUAUUACUCUCAGACUAUAGACCCAGCUCUAGGCAGCAUAUAUGCCCAUGGAACGAUCCUUACCCCGCAAUAUAAGCUUCAAUUCUUUCAAUCUGAAGAGUGGGAAGAUGAGACGGUUGAUUAUACCGAGGUCUAUAGAUCAAGCUUACAGGAUCUGAUUAGAUCUUAUCAGCAAGAUGACCCGAUCUCGAGUCCACAAGCCCGGAGAUAUACCGCUAUAGAGCUGGCAGUCCAGUCUAUGAUGCCUUCAAAAGCUAGUAUAUUGCCUACACAAGCAGAUGAGCUAGGAGAUUACCUUCAAGCUGGGCCAAUCAACGAGGAACCCUGUAAUUUCUGGCGGAAUAAUCAGACCAAAUACCCCACCCUAGCUCGGAUAGCUCGAGAUCUCUUCUCUAUUCCAGCAACUGGUGCUGGUGUAGAGCGACUCUUCAAUACAGCACGUGAUAUAUGCCACUACCGGCGUGGCAGGCUCAGCACUUCUACCAUAAAAGACCUUAUGGUAUAUAAUCGCACUAUAAAGUUCGAUAUGGAUACAGAAGAGCUUAGUCAGCUAGUAGAAGCUCUUAAGAUUAAAGAGGAGGCAGGAUCAAAGGACUCGGAGACUCGAGUAAUACUCAAGGAUAUUAGUGAUAUCGAGGACCUAGACCUAGAUAGCUCAGGCGAGGAAGAGCAGCUAGGCCCAAUUCAGCAGCCUCAGAAGAGGAUAAGGGAGGAUUUAUCCGAAGAUUCUUCAGAUAAAAGGUUAAAUUCUUCAGAUAAAAGGUCAGAUGAUGGAGAAUUACCUUCAAUUAGGGUUUCUGGAAGGGCUAGAGCUGCUAGGCAGAGACAGGAUAAAGCAGAAUACGCGUAUUACUGA